AUGACAGCCCUAAACCAACCCGGCUCCAUCAAACGUACUGUUGCCUUGUCCGAAAUCCAAGUCAUCCUCAACACGUACUGCACUCUUGCCCGUGGGAACUCAGAUUGGGAUCAGAUAGCGAAACUCUUCACGGCCGACGCCAAGUUUCGCUUUGGCCCGGGUGGAGCCAUCAGUGUUCACCCCUCGCAGAUAUCGGCCGUGGCAGGUGAGGGCGAAGCAGCCUAUAUCCGCCACCACCUGACGUCGUGGCGCGCCACAUUCGUUAGCGACAACGAGGCGCACGUUGACUCUCAAUUUUUCGCCAUCACUGAUCAGACACCGCUUGGAGUCUUGGAUCACUGGGGUCGCUGGGAGGACAUUUUUGUGAGGGAAGGGGACGCGUGGUUGAUCAAGAAUCGGCUCGUUAUUGGAGAGGGUGCGCAUCCCGAUGGCUGGCUUGCUGAGAGGAGUGAGUCGUUCGCCGAAGGAAAAUAG